AUGGCAUCCCGCUAUUCGCUCAGUGCAUCGCUGCCCGCCACGCGCAAGUCCAUCCAUCGUGCACAAAGCGCUCGCACCACCACCGCAGCCGAUCCCGAACAGCAGCAAGCCGCCUUCUCCCUACCUGAUCUCGACCCAGAGGAGAAGCUCUCCGUCACACCACACGAAGCUUGGACUUCACCACCCGCUUCCAGCGCCAACGCGACAAAUGAAACCGUGAGACGCGAUCUCUCCGUUCGCAAAGGUGCCACUCGUUCUGGCAGCAACAAGAAAAAGUCUGAGGCUGCUGCACUCAAGUCCGAGUUCGACUCAUCAGAUGCCACGUACGAUGAGCGAGGAUACCUCGUCCUCAAAUCAGCCGACAUCUUCGGCUUGACAUCGAGCUCUUUUACCGAGGACAAGAGCAACGAUGAAGGUCGAACCCGUACCAACCGUCUUGCUUACCUCGAAGGGCUGCGUGGCAUCCUCGGGAUCCAGGUUCUCCUAUGGACCUUCUUCCGCAUCUUUGCGCCUGCCAUCGUAGCGGAUCGCGACAUCGAUGGCGUUUACCCGGCCGCCUUCCUCUCGGUCGCGCCCGCCUGGCAAUCGAUCCUGCGCAAGGUCCUCUCACCACUGCUAUUCGACGGAGAACUGCAAGCGUCUUUCUUCAUCAUCCUCUCCGGUCGUGCAAGCCUGCAAACGUUCAUCGAGCGCAGGCAGGCUCUCCCACUUGCAGGUGCUGCAUUCAAGCGACCCUUCCGAUUCAUUCUUCCCAUGGCCAUCACCGUCGCCCUCGUGUCCCUCGUCAUCGCCGUCGACGGCUUCCGCCACGCAUCUCUGCUUUCCACCAGCCUUUCCAACCAGCUCGCCUCUCCCCCAGCCCAAUUCUCGUCCGCGCUGGAAUACUGGAACACGCUGUUCUUCUUCUUCUCCACCCCGACCUACUACAAGAUCGCACGUGCCACCACCAUGAUCCCACCCAGCGGAACGCUCUGGAUCAUCCCCGUGCUGUUUCAACAGACCUACGUCCUGAUCAUCCUCGCCUUCACACUGCCCUUCACCGUGCUGAGGUACAAGAACAUGGGUAUGAUCCUGCUCAUCCUCACCACGGCUUGGGUGGGUCGCUUCAGCUGGUAUACUCUGACUGGGUUGUUGAUCGCCGAGUGGUCGACCGUGUACAGGCAGGUGCUGCCGGGAGGAAAGAUUCCGCUCAACAGAGCUGGUACGAGGUUCGUCGCAGCGUGGGUUCCCGGAAUGGUGUUUGCGGUGGUGGGUGUCAUGUUCAAGUACCUCUGGAUCGCGGGUCUGCCAGCGGAUGCGCAGAACGAGAUCGUAGCUCACGUCGACGGCAACACGGGCAAACUCAACUACGACCUCGACCCGGCGAGAGUGGCGUUCCCGAGGUACGACAAUUGGUUGGUAGCUACCGGCGUUCUGUUCCUGAUCGAGCUCUCACCCCGAGCCCAACGAUCCCUCUCUACGCCGCUGCUGAAGUACGCAGGCAGAUGGGCCUUCAGCAUCUCGCUUAUCUCGGGCACCCUGAUGCUGAGUCUAGGCAGCUUGCUCCGCUACCACCUCACCGCAUCGCUCGGCUGGACCAACCCAGCUACCAUACUGGCGGUUCUCUUUGCCGCGUUGAUCCCUGCUUCGCUCGUCGUCGUCGAGGUGUACGCGAGGCUCGUCGAUGAUGGUGCGCUUUGGGUUUCCAAUUGGCUAUUCAGGUGGAUCAGGGUUUGA